CUCUCUCUGUAGACACGCCCUGGGGGUGGAGUUACCGAACGCGCGCCCUCUGUAAACCCGUCUUGGGGGUGGAGUUACCGAACGCGGCUCCGCUGAUGCCGAGUGACGUCACCCGGAAGCGGCGCGGGUGACGUGGCCUUGUGGACGAGCAGAUCGAGAAAGUAGACAGCGGCCCCCUCUACAGUGAGUACCCUGUACACGCACGGACUGCACUCGACCGGACACCCGACUGAAGCUGAAGCACAGCAGGCCGAGAUCAUCGCCCCGUCAGCUGCUCCACGGUGGCCGCGAUGGAGCACGAACUGUCGGUGCAGAUGCGCCUCUACACCAUGUCCAAGCGCCACUUUGUGCUGGUGUUCGCCACCUUCUUCGCCUGCUUCGGGCUCACGCUGCUCAUCGGUGUGGCCGGCCCGAGCGUCAUCAACGCAACUGUGGAGCAGGCCACGCAUCUCUCCAUGAAGCCCCCGGACUUGAAGGUGGGUCCCUUCCAGCUGACGUCGCCGACCCUUUCCACCUUCAACCAGCAGCUGUGGCUCAUGUGCGAGAUCGAACUGGCGGAGCGCAGCAACGGCGCCUUUGAGCAGAACUUCAACCUCUCGGUGGCCAUCACGGGCCGGGAGCGUGACGCCAGCAUGGUCAUGGUGAACACCGUCUCCUACAACCGCAGCCGCUGCUUGCGCUGCUCCCAGCAGAAAUGCGACGAGAUCAUCGUACUGCACCUGGGCUUCCUGGACUACACCAAGUACCUGGUGCGAGUGCAGUUCCAGGGCCUGGAGCAGAUUGUGCACCUCAUCCAAGAGGUCAACUUCACGUUCAAGGUGUACAACGCGGCCUUCACGCAGGUGGAGAUCUGGUUCCGCUUCGUCUUCCUGCUGCUCACCUUCCUCGUUACGUGCCUCUUCGCUCACUCCCUGCGCAAGUUCUCCAUGCGGGACUGGGCCAUCGAGCAGAAGUGGAUGGCCAUUCUGCUUCCCCUGCUGCUGCUCUACAACGACCCCAUCUUCCCGCUGUCGUUCCUCGUCAACUCGUGGGUGCCGGGCCUGCUGGACGCCAUCUUCCAGGCCUCCUUUCUCAGCGCCCUGCUGCUGUUUUGGCUCUGCGUCUACCAUGGCAUCCGUACGCAGUCCAAUCGCAGGUUCUUCACUUUUUACCUGCCCAAGCUGCUCAUCGUGGGGCUGCUCUGGGUCGCGGCCGUCACUCUUGGAAUCUGGCAGACGAUGAACGAGCUGCAGGACCCGACAUUCCAGUACCGCGUCGACACGGGGAACUUCGAGGGUAUGAAGAUCUUCUUCUUUGUUGUGGGCGCCAUGUACAUCCUCUACCUCGUCUUCCUCAUCGUGCGCGCCUGCACUGAGCUGCGCAACAUGCCCUACUUCGACCUGCGGCUCAAGUUCCUCACGGUGCUCACGCUGAUGGUGCUCGUGAUCAGCAUCACCAUCUUGUUCCUGAGGUUCGGAUCUCAAGUUCUGCAGGACAACUUCAUCUCCCAGCUGUCCACCCACUACCAGAACUCGGCCGAGUUCCUCUCCUUCUACGGGCUUCUCAACUUCUACCUCUACACGCUGGCGUUCGUCUACUCGCCCUCCAAGAACGCGGUCUACGAGUCCCAGCUCAAAGACAACCCCACAUUCUCCAUGCUCAACGACUCGGACGACGACGUCAUAUACGGCACGGACCACGAGGAGCUGCCUCUGCAGAACGGCAGGUCCAUGCGGACCUCAUACCACGACGGUUCCGACUCGGACUAACCACCCCGCCACCCUCCCUCCGCCACUCCCCGCACCUCCGCCACCACCGCCACCACCACCACCGCACGAGGCCCUCUCCUCCUGGCCGUGGGCAGCGGCUCGCCCAACUGCCUGCCCAGCGACUCGGGGGGGGGGGGGAUGAGAAUCGGCCGAGCGCGGAGCCGGGGCUAGUCCUCGGGCCCGCAAAGCGUGGGGGCGGAGGCAGAGGGAGAGCGGGUUUGGGGGCGCAAGCACGUGCUGGCCCGAGACGUUGACGGUGCCGUGCUUGUGCCUUGGAACUUUUCCCUCUGGGCAGUCCCAACGCAAGUUCGCCCUCCCCCCCCUCCCCCGCAGGGCCACCGUGCGAUUGCAAGGCGGCGGCGGCAUCGGUGGUGUCGUGGGCAACGCAAAACGGAAGAUGGGAGCGUGAAUGUGAAUUGAAUCCGCCAGUACUUAGUGGGGAUUUGUAACCGCACUUCGAUUCCGUUGCUUUUGUCUUCUGGCAAACGCCACCCCCAGCGCGUCGUCCAACGCGGUCGCCCAAGGUGAGAACCGUAAGCAGCAAUAACAUAGCCAGGGACGUGACGUCAGAACACUGUUUGUUAGAAUGAAACUGUUUCAUAGCAUACACCUAGAUGGCGAUCGCGGCUCAUUCAUUUUUUUCCCAUUUUCAUUGUUAACUUUCGUACAACACGUUUGUGGGUUAGAGGUUGCCAAGUGGCAGAAUACACCGUGUGUGUGUGCAUACACCAUGUGUGUGUGUGCAUACACAGUGUAUCGUGUGUGUGUGUCCCGUUUGUGUACUGCGUGUGUGUGUAUAUCGGGUGUGUACCGUGUGUGUACCACGUGUGUGUGUGUACCGUGUGUGUGCGACUUACUGGGUUCCUCUUCAGCUCACCGGUGCGCGUAAUGAUAAUAGGCGCACCGUUAAAUGGUCGUACGCUACUUGACAAUUUAAUUUUGCGUCGGGUGGUGGAGGGUUCUUAACGAACACACAUUUGGCCAGAUCAUGAUAUGGCCAAACACAAAAGUAAAUUUGCUUCAGAAUGAACCAUGCGGCGACCAUUGCUGUGGGGCAUGGGGUGAUCAGCUUGGAUCUCGCGCUUGCACGUUGCUGUAGCUGUCCGCUUCAUUUUAUGUCGGCACGUUUGGGGUGGGGUGCCGUCAUUCUCAUUGCACGGGGCGGCCGUCACGCAGGCGAGGCACCACCGCUGCGUUUCGCCAACGCAGCCGCCCAUGGUUUUGCGGUCGGGGUUGAAGGUUUGAUGAUCUUGUUACUCCGGAAUCCCGAGCCAAGUGAUUCGCGGGGCAAUUGGUCAGUCAAAUUUGAACCGGGAUGCGCGGCCACACACAACGACGGCCGUCACGUCGGGAGAAUUCUUCGACGUCCACCGAGAGUGACCAUGAACGGCGCGUAUUAUUUCACGGUUGGCGCCGCCCUGCGGUGUUAACCAGCAGUGGCCUGCACUCAAUGCGAACCGCAUUGGGUGCAGGCGGGCGCGUCUCAUUUCCGCUGUAGUAAUCAUAGUAGCAAUGCACGGAUUUAUGCUGUGUGUGUCAAAACCACAGAUAUGCUCGUCGUGUGCAAUUCAGCCUGGAGGCGAUGGUGGUAGUUGGGGGGGGAAGCAUUGGUAGCACGAUGUCGUGGUGGUGGUGCUGUAUAUAUGUAUGUUGAACUUCUUUCACACCGUGCUUAGCCUACCCUACGAAUUGGAGGUGUGUGGCGGCGGUGAUGGUGGCAUCACCGGCUUUUGGCCACCGAUGACCUGAGGAUCUCGCGCUCAGAGCCGGUUGGCAACGCUAGCAUCCCCCCCCCCCCCGCAUGCACGGCAACCCCUUGUUCAUCCCCGCUAAAUGAGACGGCACUGGGGCUGAGAGAACUGGGCACUUUGCUUUGAGGCUGGAGUGUAAUUAUAUCUCUUGUAAAUAAUCUGUACAUACAAUUACAAUUUAUAGCCUAACCCCUCUCUUGUCUUAGCCAUAAUUGCAAGUUACUGUCUAAACAGAUGCUACUUCCCAGACCACAGAUGCGGUGUGGCAGGAAUUUAUUUGGAAUAUCUGAUAACGGAGUGGUGUUCAACUUUACUCAUGCAGCAAUGGUCUGCACUGUUUCAUACACCUUGGCCAAUGAAGAAAUACGCCUGGGGGAAAGGUGGGAAUCCUCGUGUGGGUGGCUGGGUGAUGAGGCUGGAGCCAGGCUGGGUGAUGAGGCUGGAGCCAGGCUGGGUGAUGAGGCUGGAGCCAGGCUGGGUGAUGAGGCUGGAGCCAGGCUGGGUGAUGAGGCUGGAGCCAGGCUGGGUGAUGAGGCUGUAGCCAGGCUGGGCGAGGGAUGAUGGAGCUAGGGUGUAGCCAUGCAGCCUGGGGACACGUGUAGUUAAAUAUAAUUAUAUAGAAUUUUCUCUAAACUCGACCAGAAUCUUUCUCGACUCGCCGUGUCCCUGUCAUGUAUUGCCGUGUUUAGCAGAGUGGUACAAUUACAAUGCGUGGAGAGGGGGCGGUUUUGAUUUAAUAGCGACGGUGAUGUGCGUGGUUAUGAGUUAAUGUAUUUUAAUCGCUAAAGGUGGCCAGAAAAUCGAUCCUCGGACACCGCGGUCCUGGCUGCUGACCCUUGGAACGGCGGCUUGACGCUUCCCGGUCCCCUUUCACGUUCCGAGGGUGGCCCUGCUGGGUGGCUUGGUUAGCGACGCUCGCACCUCGCAGCAACAAGCCCUGGGGUUGGGUUCCCUACUGGGGCGCGGUUCUUUGUGGAGUGAGUACGUUAUGUGUGUAUGUGUACCUUUGUGUGUGUCUACGGUCUGUGUGUGUACGUUCUGUGUCUGUGUGUACGUUCUGUGUGUAUGUUUACAUUCUGUGUGUGUGUCCCCUCUGUGUGUGUGUACCCUCCGUGUGUGUGUGUCAUCUGUGUGUGUACGUUCCGUGUGUGUGUACUUUCUCCCACGUGGGUUUUCUCCGGUCUCUCUGGUUUCAUCCCAUGGUUAUACAAACAAACAGACCGUACAAUGUAACCGGUAUUGGCCAAAACAACCCUAUUGCUGAAAAAUCACUGGCAGAUUACACAGCAUUUCUCCUGCAAACACAGCUCACUCUCAAACAUCACUCUGCUCUUCUCAUUUCCAAGACACCGCGAAGGCACCGAGGGGUGCAACAAAACCACGUUUGGGUAAACACGCACGGACGAGUCAGCGCCGGAGUGUCACCUCCAUUCUCAUGGCAUCUAUACCGUGCAUCGUUAAAAACGGCUUCAACGUGUCAACACGAGGGCGGCAGGCACUUUGAUUUCCCCCUCGUGGUUGUGAGCAUGGCUCUUUGGGCCGUGUGGUUUCCCGCCGGCCCGCGUGUCGGUGUCCACGGCGUGCGUGGCUGUGGGGAGGGUUUCUGGGUCUUCGAUGCGUUCCGUCUCCGCGCCGGGGGGGUCAGGGCGACGUCUUGACACCGUCCCCCAGCGUGGUUGUGUUUACGCUACUCGUGUGCAGGGUGCGCCGUGCCGUUGGGUGACGCGCCUUUCGUGUUCCGUAGGGGUGCAAUUCUGUCGUCUUUCUGUUAGCGUCGUGGUGUUUGUGAUAAAGGGAUUCGGUUUCUCUAUUGA